AUGGCUCUCCUUCCCCCAAGCUCUCUGCCGAAGCUGCGAGCCCACAUCUACCGCCUGAAUCAGCAGAUCAGUAAGAACACCGAGAAGAUGGACGACGCCGAACGGUCUGCGUCUUGUUCCGCAGCAUGGGAAUAUACCCGCGAAGCGAUCACCAUCGCCAACAGAGUCAACCGCCUCAUUAUCACCGAGCUCCAGAGAGCCAUGUGGCAGAUCACCGAGUCAUGGCUGGGCUGUAGGUUUUGGAACGUCAUAUUAUAG